GUUUUUUCCUUUUUUUCCUCUCCUCUGCCUGUUCUGCUGGGGGACUUGUGAAUGGCAGCCAAUGGGAGGGUAGAGUCCCCUCAGCCUCUCUGACAUCCACACAGCGAGAAGUGAUGCAGCGCCGCUGAGACGCGCAGUCGGGGCGGAACAACGGGCAACAAAAGCCGCAGCGAGCGGAUACUCCGCGAUCCGGCGUGCGGGGUUUUUUCUUUUGCGGGUUUUCUUUUUUACUAUUUUGUGCGUCGUGGGAAAAUCUCUCUCCGCUGGAAUAAACUUGACCCAUCAGGCGCCGACUGACUGCCGCCCAACGAGAGUCCUGCCUCAUCCUGCCUCAGCAGAUCGCAGCAUGAGAGGCGAGCUGACCCUCUGACCAGGAAGCGGCGGACGCGGACCAGCGGGGCGGUUUGAGGCUUGUUGCUGCUGCGGUUAUGGAUCGGCGGAGACUCUGCGCUCUUAUGAUGCUGUGGGCCGUGGUCCAGCUCAGCUGCCCGGGCUACAGCCUCAGGGCGCUGCGAAGGACUACAGGGGGGCGGAGAGGGCCGACGGGGCUGACGGGACAGGACGCCAACGGAGUCCCGCUGCGGCGCUCCAAACGGGGCUGGAUGUGGAACCAGUUCUUUCUGCUGGAGGAGUAUACUGGGACGGACAUGCAGUACGUGGGAAAGCUCCACUCGGACAGCGACAGAGAAGACGGUAGCGUGCGUUACGUCCUCACCGGCGAAGGCGCCGGGACGCUCUUCAAGAUCGACGAGAAGUCCGGCGACAUCCACGCCACCAAGAGGCUGGACCGCGAGGAGAAGGCCUUCUACAUCCUGCACGCCAAGGCCGUCAACCGGCUCACCAACGAGGCGCUGGAGGGCGAGUCCGAGUUCAUCAUCAAGAUCCACGACAUCAACGACAACGAGCCGCGCUUCACCAAGGACCCGUACAUCGCCCAGGUGGCCGAGAUGUCCGACGUCGGCACCUCGGUGAUCCAGGUGACGGCCACGGACGCAGACGACGCCACCUACGGCAACAGUGCCAAGGUGGUGUACAGCAUCCUGGAGGGCCAGCCGUACUUCUCCGUGGAUCCGGAAACAGGUCUGGUCAAGACGGCGCUGCCCGGCAUGGACCGGGAGGUGAAGCAGGACUACCAGGUCGUGAUCCAGGCCAAAGACAUGGCGGGCCAGAUGGGCGGGCUCUCAGGAACCACCACGGUCAGCAUCACCCUGUCGGACGUGAACGACAACCCGCCACGCUUCUCCAAGACCCUGUACGAGUUCAGGGUGCCCGAGUCCAACGAGUUGGGCUCCACGGUGGGAGUCAUCCACGCCAUGGACGCCGACAUCGGCCAGAACGCCGAGAUGAACUAUAAGAUCAUCGGGAGCGACGGGCCGGGCGUGUUCGACGUCUUCGCCAACAGGAGCACGCAGGAAGGCGUCAUCGUGCUCAGAAAGCCUCUGGAUUACGAGAAGAAGCGUCAGUACAGCCUCCGCAUCCAGGUGGAAAACCCCCCUCCCAUCUCGCGCUUCUACUCCAUGGGGCCCUUCCGGGACGAGGCCAGCGUCAAGGUGGUGGUGGAGGACGUGGACGAGCCGCCCGUCUUCGAGCGCCCCAGCUACAUCAUGGAGGUGAGGGAGGACGCGGCGAGGAACACCAUCAUCGGGUCGGUCAGCGCGUCGGAUCCGGACGACAAACACAGCCUGGUCAGGUACACCAUCGACCGGCGGACAGACAUGGACCGAGUGUUCAACGUCCAUGCAGGAAACGGCUCUGUGUUCAUCCUCCGGGAGCUGGACAGAGAGGAGAACGCCUGGCACAACAUCUCCGUCAUCGCCACAGAGUUCAACAACCCGCGACAGAUAAGCCGUGUGCCUGUAUACAUCAGAGUGCUGGACGUCAACGACAACGCUCCAACAUUUGCCACCAAUUACGAGACGUUUGUGUGUGAGAACGCCAAGGCUAAUCAGAGGAUACAGAUCGUGAGCGCGACGGAUCCAGACGAGCCGCUGGGAGGACAUCGCUUCAUCUUCAGUCUGGCUCCGGAGGCCGUCGGGAAGGCCAACUUCUCCGUUCGUGACAACAAAGACAACACGGCCUGGAUCCUGACCAGGAGGAACAGCUACAACAGCCUCCAGAAGAGCGUGUACCACGUCCCGGUGGUGAUCAUGGACGGGGAGUUCCCGGUGCAGAGCAGCACCAACACGCUCACCAUCAGGGUGUGCACCUGCGACCGCGAGGGCAACAUGAAGCUGUGCAACCCGGAGGCGCUGACGGCGAGGGCGGGGCUCAGCACCGGCGCCCUGGUGGCCAUCUUGCUCUGCGUCGUCAUCCUGCUCAUGAUCGUGGUUCUGUUCGCCGCCCUGAGGCGCCAGAGGAAGAAGGAGCCUCUGAUCAUCUCCAAGGAGGACGUCAGGGACAACGUCGUCAGCUACAACGACGAGGGCGGGGGAGAGGAGGACACGCAGGCCUUUGAUAUCGGCACGCUGCGCAACCCGGAGGCCAUCGAGGAGAGCAAGCAGCGGCGGGACAUCAUCCCCGAGACCUUCUACCCGCCGGUCCGACGGCCCGUGGCGCCGCCGCCGCCGCCCAGCCGGGACAAUAACGGCGACGUGAGGGACUUCAUCAACCAGCGCCUGCAGGACAACGACAGCGACCCCACGGCGCCGCCGUACGACUCGCUGGCCACCUACGCCUACGAGGGCAACGGCUCGGUGGCGGAGUCGCUCAGCUCGCUGGAGUCGGUGACCACCGAGGGCGACCAGGACUACAACUACCUGAGCGAGUGGGGGCCGCGCUUCAAGAAGCUGGCGGACAUGUACGGCGGCGACGACGACAGCGACUCCUAACAAGAACCCGACGCGGACGGAAGCGUGACGUGAAAUCCGGACUUUCAGGCGGUUUGGGCCUGUGGAGGCGCGGCCGGCGUGAAGGUCGGGUUCCCGCGCCGUCCAGCCGGUGGCCCGACGUAGGCUUUGUGUGUCCAGUCAGUGUUAGUUGCGUUUUUGCAGGGACGCAGUGAAGACUUUUUCUUUUCCUUUUUUAUUUUUCUGUGUGUAUACAGGGUCCAAACGAGGCCCGAAUAUAUCAACGGAUUUUAUUUGUUUUUUAUUUUUCCCCGGAGCUGCCUGAGACUUCCGGACUCUACAAGCAGCUUGGUGACCAACGGAUAUGCCGAUGUAUUUUUCAGUGUUUCUGGGACUAAAACAUGCUGCAUAUUGUGA